GCGGGGCGGGCGGCGCCGAGAAACAGCGGCUGCGGGCGGGCGGCGGGAGCGAGGGACGCAGAGCCGGCCGCCACCGCCUAGCAGCCCUCCGGCAGUCCUAAGUCCGUCCGUCUGCGCGUUCUCCGCGGGUCGCGGCGGGUCCGGCAGCCGAGCCCAUGCAGCCGCGCAGCGAGCGCCCGGCUGGCAGGACGCAAAGCCCGGAGCACGGCAGCCCGGGGCCUGGGCCGGAGGCGCCGCCGCAGCCGCCGCCGCCGCAGCCGCAGCCGCAGCCGCCGGCCCCGGAGGCAGAGCGCGCGCGUCCUCGCCAGGCCCGGGCCACGGCUCCAAUGGAGGGUGCAGUGCAGCUGCUGAGCCGUGAGGGCCACACCGUGUCCCACAACUCCAAGCGGCACUACCACGAUGCCUUCGUGGCCAUGAGCCGCAUGCGGCAGCGUGGCCUCCUGUGUGACAUCGUCCUGCACGUGGCGGCCAAGGAGAUCCGAGCACACAAGGUGGUGCUUGCCUCCUGCAGUCCCUACUUCCACGCCAUGUUCACAAAUGAGAUGAGUGAGAGCCGCCAGACGCACGUGACAUUGCAUGACAUUGACCCUCAGGCCUUGGACCAGCUGGUGCAGUUUGCGUACACGGCUGAGAUUGUGGUGGGCGAAGGCAACGUGCAGACUCUGCUCCCAGCUGCCAGCCUCCUGCAGCUGAAUGGCGUCCGUGACGCCUGCUGCAAGUUCCUGCUGAGUCAGCUCGACCCCUCCAACUGUCUGGGCAUCCGGGGCUUUGCUGACACGCACUCAUGCAGCGACCUGCUCAAGGCCGCACACAGGUACGUGCUGCAGCACUUUGUGGAUGUGGCCAAGACCGAGGAGUUCAUGCUGUUGCCACUAAAGCAGGUGCUGGAACUGGUCUCUAGUGACAGCCUGAACGUGCCUUCAGAGGAGGACGUCUACCGUGCCGUCCUGAGCUGGGUCAAACAUGAUGUGGACGCUCGGAGACAGCAUGUGCCAAGGCUCAUGAAGUGUGUGCGCCUGCCCCUGCUGAGCCGGGACUUCCUGCUGGGCCAUGUGGAUGCUGAGAGCCUGGUGAGGCACCAUCCUGACUGCAAGGACCUGCUUAUCGAGGCCCUCAAAUUCCACCUGCUGCCUGAGCAAAGGGGCGUUCUGGGCACCAGCCGUACGCGGCCCCGGCGCUGUGAGGGCGCCGGCUCCGUGCUCUUCGCCGUGGGUGGUGGGAGCCUGUUCGCCAUCCAUGGAGACUGUGAAGCAUAUGACACACGCACUGACCGCUGGCACGUGGUGGCCUCCAUGUCCACGCGCCGGGCCCGGGUGGGCGUGGCAGCAGUUGGGAACCGGCUAUAUGCUGUGGGUGGUUACGAUGGGACUUCAGACCUGGCCACCGUAGAGUCGUACGACCCUGUGACCAACACCUGGCAGCCUGAGGUGUCCAUGGGCACGAGGCGCAGCUGCCUGGGUGUGGCUGCCCUGCACGGGCUCCUGUAUGCAGCUGGUGGCUACGAUGGGGCCUCCUGCCUCAACAGUGCUGAACGCUAUGACCCUCUGACGGGAACAUGGACGUCCAUCGCUGCCAUGAGCACCCGGAGGCGAUACGUGCGUGUGGCCAUGCUUGAUGGGAACCUGUACGCUGUGGGUGGUUACGACAGUUCGUCACACCUGGCAACUGUGGAGAAGUAUGAGCCCCAGGUAAAUGCAUGGACCCCCGUGGCCUCCAUGUUGAGCCGACGAAGCUCAGCAGGGGUGGCGGUGCUGGAGGGGGCCCUCUACGUGGCUGGCGGCAACGACGGCACCAGCUGCCUCAACUCUGUGGAGAGGUACAGCCCUAAGGCCGGUGCCUGGGAGAGCGUGGCCCCCAUGAACAUCCGAAGGAGUACGCACGACCUGGUGUCCAUGGACGGCUGGCUCUAUGCCGUGGGGGGCAACGAUGGCAGCUCCAGCCUCAACUCCAUCGAGAAGUACAACCCGAGGACCAACAAGUGGGUGGCCGCGUCCUGCAUGUUCACGCGGCGCAGCAGCGUGGGCGUGGCAGUGCUCGAGCUGCUCAACUUCCCGCCGCCCUCCUCGCCCACGCUGUCCGUGUCGUCCACCAGCCUCUGACCCGCGGCGCGGACUGCCCAGAGGCCCGGCCCCGCGGCCUCCCACAUGCCUUAAGCUCCACAGGGCGGCCCCAGCACCUCGCGUGUCGGGGGCGGGGUGCUCGGCCCCCACCAGGAAGGUCCUGCCCUGUCUGUCCUUGUCUCUGCGUCGAGGCCGGCCACUUCUGUAUUCACUGCUCAGUGUGUGUGCGUGUGCGUGCGUGUGCGCCGUUUACUUCUAGUUUAUUUAUCUAUUUAUUAUUUAUCGGUCGGUGAACCGCGCAGCGCCUACUAGUUCACACGUUUCCCCUUGACGUGUCCUGUGUCUCUGGGACCAAGCUGCCUUCCCAGGUGUCCUGCCCCCCUGGGGGUACCAACAAGCAGUGGGGGUGGACACUUGGAUUGCGGAUGGGUCAGAGGUGAGCUCAGACUCUAGACCUGGAGGGACUGGGGGGCAGGUGCAGAGCAGCAGGCCAGGGUUGCAGGGGUGGGGGGCGGUUUCUGAGCAGGUGCAGACCCUUCCAGCCUGGGCUUUGCACGCCUCUCCUACCUUGCCCAGCCAGGCACACUCCCAAGAAGGGCAUGAUGCAAGCUUCCUUCUCGUGGGCAUGGUGUGUCUUCUGGAUCCUGCACUGAGCUGAGCACAGUGUGCCCCAGACCCCACACAGCAAUAUGAGCCAACUUGAACAAUAAACAUGUUUCUCGGGC